CGUUUGGUGUGACUUCGGUUUAAAAGUUUUGUGCUCAACCGAGGGGUAAUUUAUCAGGCUUAAAUAAUACGAAUAACCCUAGAAUUAUCAGCUGGAUUUUUUCAGAUUCUUCAAGAGUUAGAUAAACUGGAUCUUUUCUCAUCCCGGAAAUCUUAUCAUCCUACCAUUUGCGUAAUUUUUUACCAUUCACGUGAUGAGCUAGAAACUUCCACGUUGUCAACCGACAGUAUAAAACAAGGAAACUUUCCUUUGGCUGGUUUUUCGACUUCUGAACCAGUUUAAUAUAUGCACAGUCCUGAUCGGCACUUGCCAAGCUGUUGGUGGUUGAUCUUCAAAAAACAUGGCGACCCUAUGUGAACCUCUUCCUUUAGAGAUGGAACGAAUUUCCUCACACAAUCGUGGAAAGGAUGGUGAAAAUGUUUUGGUGGAUUACAGUAAGUUACCAAGAUCCAGUGGGGAUGGAAUGGAAUUUUCAUCAAGCAAUUCUGGCAAUGACAGUCUCUCAGAGGAUAGUGAAGAAAAUGACUUGACACAAAAAGCAGAUAACAGUUUAUCAUAUUCAACUGUGAAAAGGAAAUGUGGAAGAAACGGAAUUGAUAAUGGAUCAGCUAAAAUAACAACUGGUACAACAAUACAAGCAAAUAUCUCAGCAAUAAAAUACAGAAACGAGAAUGAAAUUCUUGAAAGGGAGGAAAUGCGAAAAUUGAGUGGUCACACAGCUUUAGCUGAAUCCUCUCAAUCACAGACAUUGAGAAAAGAUGUUAUCUCCAAAACUGAAGGUGCACAGUUAAAUGAGGAUGUCCGUUUUCAGUCAGUACAAAGACAGAACUCUACCAAUCUUCUACUCCAAGGGCCCGAGCUUCUGCGUUUGAAUAAUGAGUUAGGUUUAUCAUUAAGUGCAAAUGAUCAGCUUGUGUCUUUGGCUCCUCCUGCAAUGGAUCUCAGUCUUGGAGGUGGUCUCUUGAAAUCUACUAUAGUGGAACAAAGGGCUGAGUUUGUGGACAGCCAGAAAGUCAUCAGUGAUCUUCAGGAACAGAAUGCAAAGCUUGUUGAAGAGAAGACAAAACUCUCUGUGCAGCUUGGUGUCCAGACAAAGAUUAAUACAGAAAUUAAGAGGUUGCUGGUGGCAUCAGUGGGAGAAGAUGUUGGUGAAAGGUUGGAAGACCUGGUGAACAGAAAUGUGCAGCAAACUGUAGAGCUCAAUCACUGGAAAAAGAUGUGUGAGGAAUAUUCAGAAGAAUCUGACAGAUUAGAGAUUGAGUGUGAUGUCUGGAGGACAAAGUUCCUGGCAAGCAGAAUGAUGUCUGAUGAACUGUCCAGUUGGAAGGCAACUCUCUACACCAGGUUCAGACAAGCUCAGAGUGCUUUACAAAGAUUACUGGAGGAAAGGGGACAGCUUCAGCAAUACCUCACUCAUACCAAGAGGUUAGUUCAAUCACUUUACUCAAUGUUCAAAAGUACAAGUGGCAUUCAUCAGAGCCCCUUAACUUCAUCUCAAACUUCAAAUGAUCAAAGCAUCUUAGAAAUGGCUGCUACAAACAAGUCCUUAGCAGAACAGACCCUUAGUCUUGCACAAGAUGUUUUACCAGCCUUCUCAUUAGCAGAAACAUCACUAAUGUUGACACAUAAGUUGCAGGAAACUGGGAAUCAGCAACAGGUUGAGCCAACAUCUGCUGAAAAACUGGCUUUUCAGGUUUUAUCUAGUGAUGUCAAUCUCCAGGCAGAGGAACAACAGCUGAAAGGUGUUAUGAAGAGAAUGGCACAACAGUACAUGGGACAUGAUUAUCAAAGUAGAUUUUCAACAAGGAACUUUAGAGUAACCUAUGACUGUUGUGAUCGAUGUAGGGGACCACUUCAUGUUGUUUGAGAACAUUUGUACUUGGUGUUAUUCCAUUUUAUGCUUGCUUUGAAUUUUAUUUAAUUUAAUAUCACCCUGCAUUUUUGCUGGGGGUGGAGGAAGGGGGGUGGUGAUAAACCCUUUAACUACUGGAAGUGAUUCACAUGUAACUUCUCCCCAUAACAUCCACACAUUAUCCAUCAAAAAGGUAAUGAGAACACUAAAACUUAUCAGGUAGAAGUAGUUGUCUUGAUCUGUCACCAAAUUCUUGUUACUGAUUUACAAAGAAAUAUGUACCAGCUAGAGGGGAGAGUUAAUCAUCAGAUCUUUAAAGUUUAAGGGUUAAAAGUGUUUUCAACUGAGUAUGAUAGAAUUUAAAGUACAGAGAGAUUGAAGCAAAAGGUGCUUUUGUUCUGAAGAUAACAAAAAAGGAUAUUGUUUUACAUGAUUUCUUAAUACCUUGUAGAUAUUACAACAAUUGCUUUAAAUUUAACCAUUUUCUUUCAAAGAGAAGGAAAGUGAGCUUGGUAAUCAUUCUCUAGUUUUUUAAAUAUCAUUGGAAAAUUGUACUUGACUAUACUGUUUUAGGAAUUUCAGUUAUUUAUAAUGGUAAUAGGACCGAGUGGAGUUCAAUUCGGUCUGUAAUCAUAAGAGUGAUUACCAAAAUCGGACGAACGCGAAGCGGGAGUCCGAUUUGUCAAUCACGAGUAUGAUUACAGACAGAAUUGGAUGACACAAAGUCCUGUUACCAAUUAAUCAUAACUGUUUCAAUUUCCGACAACAAUUAAUACAUUUAGGACAAAUAUGUGCAGUAGAGACAAUGUCUAAGUAAAAUAUUCCUCAACUUUGGAAAUUCCACAACUUUUUUAGAAGAGGUUGUUGCUAUGGUUAUGGUGAUCAAUUCUGUGAUUGGUGGAUUUGACUGAAAGGACCAAGUAUGAUUGGCUACUUCAGCUGUCCGAUUGUCCAAUUACACUGUCCGAUUACAACUCUACAGAACAAUUAGUGAAAAAUAAAGUAGCUACUGCACCAAUCACAUUUGAGGAAAUUGUAAUGGCUAUGAUUAAAUUAGUUAUUUAUUGAAGUAUUGUCAUGAUACAAUGAUAAAAUUUAUUUUCAUUGGU